AUGCUUACUCCGGGAAAGCCGCAUGACUGUGAUCUUUGCCAUUUUAAUUGUAAAGAGUUACCAGAGUACUCAAAGCACAUCGAUUCACCUACACAUAAAAAUGCGCUAUGUUUGUUCCGUACGCGACGGGCUGUCAUGGAAGACACGGAGGGACUUCAAAGUGAGAGAUUGCAGGAGGAUUUGGACUGUUCUAGCAAAAUAGCUUCCGGCGAAGAUCAGAAGGCCUCCGUCGGUUGGUUCUCUGGGAAGAAAAAACGUAAACGUUCCUGUAAACGUGUAAAACGAAAAACACUUCUUUCGAUACCGCUUAAUGAAGACGUGCAAGACAUGUCUUCCGAGAAGCUUUGCAAGUACGAAAAUGGUUCGGAACGUUUAGUAGUUGAGAAAAAAAAAUCUGCGUUUGAAUAUUCAUGCGAAAUCCAGUUCACUCAUCACCCUUACACUGCUUUUGAAGAAAGAAGUGAAAUAAGCACGAAGUAUCACCAACGUGAUCCGGGCGCCGUGUAUUAUGACGAACAAAAGCUCUCCUCCCCGAUGCGCAAUUCGCGUUUGGCACAAGCCUGCAAUCAGACUUCUCAACUGUUUCAACUGGACGAAGUUUGUCAUCGUUCCGCGUCGCUGUCGGCUGAUCAGUUUUUAGGUGUGUCUGAAAAGAACGAUUCUAAUUUGUCUACAGAAAAUCAUGCUGGUUUCUCAAAAACGACUUUUGAAAAGCAAUUAAUGCCAGUUUUGGAACACGCUAACAGGAAACCCCGCUAUUCGCUGUCAUGUAAAAGCUUAAGAAUUGAUCCGAAAAGGAAGUAUGAGAAAAUGGCUUUGAAGGGCAGAGCAUUAUUUUCAAAAAAUUUACAUAUUAUGAUGAGCAAAAACAGACAUUCAAAAUACCGCCUAGUUCCUAGCAGACUAGAGAGACCUCCAAUAAAGAGCGAGCCUCAGACAACGUUUUAUGUUCACACAAUUUCGGCUGGGCCAAGCGCAACUCCUACAGUUUUUUCCCCAACUUUUGACAAUGGAAAUGAAGCUGCAGUUUGGCAGUCACCUGUUGAGGCUAGUAGUUCGUCCUCUACCGACGAACAAGCCGUUUCUCAGGAAAGAGAGGAUUGGAAACAGUUUGCUACUGGUGGGAGUAGUAUUUCUUGUCCCAGUGGUUCCAGCGCAUCAAUAUCGUGCGGUUCUUCAGUGCCUCUUUCAGACUCUCUUCAUAGCUUAGAAAACGAUUACCAAGUUCCUAAAGAAGAGUCAAGCGACAGUCAUUUAGAUGGCAGUUGGAUGGUUAAAGUUGAACCAAAUAUUGAUAGUAAUCAGUUAGAAGCGAUGUGGUCGUUGGUAGCCGAAGAAAGUUCCCUUUUUGCCUCACUCAGUGACAUAAGCGAAAAGUUAAAUCGAAUGCAAACAGAAAUUAUGGAGGAGAUUGCCAGAAAGGAGCAGAUUGAAAAAAGAAUUAACGAGGUGAGAGGUGCGAAAGCGCGACUUCUGGGAAAUUAG